AUGGUCCAGACGGGUCUGACCUGGCAGCUUCUGCUUCUAACGGUGAUCGCCACCACCACUCUAGUAGAAGCCCAUACCCAUAUCAACUUCGAUCCCGAUGCCAAAGGAAACAGCAGCUUGAGUUACAGCAAUAAGCCCCUGAGUCGCUCCAAGAGAGUGGCGAUUUACGAUGGCCAGGGAGUUGUCAAGUUGGUGCCUAGCUUUGCGUAUCCUUGUAAACAAGUCGACAAGGACCAAUCCUUUUGGUGGUUCUUCAACGUGCAGGGCCAGUGGAUUCCCACCACCGUUCCUAUCUACUGGUGGAGCUUCUGGAACACCUCGACGUUCGUUUCCACGGCACGCGAGUGGCGCAAGGAUAUGCAGACAAAGCUUUCCCAUGAUGAGGCCAGAUCCUGGGUAUAUACUGCCAUUGAACUAGGCAUGGAGCAAAUUGGAGGGCAAAAUGCUGGAGCAUGCCUGCUAAGGAGCAUUUGCGAAAUCUCUCAAAGGCCCUUUCAAAACAGCAAUAUUUUUAGUGAAAUAGCAAAUUCAAUAAUGGUACCCACCUUGGACAACGUUGCAGGAAAGUAUCUGCACGCAAGGGAUGCUGGACGUGGAGGAGCCAAUUGCCAAAAGACUUACCAAGACUGCAGCCCAAUUCUUUGGACGCUAAUAACAAACAUGGCUAGAAAUCCCUUUGCCUAUUGA